AUGGCGCACCCUUGGGGAUGCGCCAUUGCUAUCACCCCCGCUAAAUUCCCAUGCCAGUCCCCGCGCGGCCCCUGUGCCCGUAUCGACCAAGUCCAGCUCGCUCUCCCCCGUAUCCCUCCCCUUCUCCUGCUCUCCCUCCCAGCGGCGGCCGCCUCGUCGGCGGUGAGCCUCGUCGGACGCGCUCCUCGACGGCGUCGGGUACCUCCCCGCGCGGCCCCUGGCUCUCAAACCUGGUACUGGGUGUGCUGGGUGCUGGUGCACAAGGUGGGCCUGGGGAGCAAAGGCGCGGCGCUGGCCAGCGCCGUCUCCGACUCCACGUACCUGGCCAUACUGUGCCUGUACACGAGGUUGUCCGGUGCCUGCAGGAGGACGUGGACUGGGUUCUCCAUGGAGGCCUUCGCCUUCAAGGAGUUGCGCCAGUUCGCGGAGCUCGCCAUCCCAUCAACAAUGAUGGUUUGUUUCUUGUUUUUCAAAUUUGAACUGCUUGUGCUGUUGUCUGGCCUUUUGCCCAAUCCUAAGCUUGAAACCUCUGUAUUGUCGAUAUGUCUUAACACCGGCGCUCUCAUGUUCACCGUGUCGUACGGUCUCUGUGCAGCCAUAAGCACACGCGUUUCCAAUGAACUUGGUGCCGGUAGGCCUCAGGUAGCGAGGCUCGCAACCAUAGUUGUCAUAUGCAUGGCCCUGUUUGCAGGCUCGGUGAUCUCCAUCACAAUGAUUUUGCUACGCAAGUCUUGGGGUUACAUGUACAGCAACGAGGAGGAAGUGGUGACUUAUAUUGCUAGGAUGAUACCUGUCCUCGGGGUUUCUUUCUUCGUAGAUGGAAUCCACACUUCCCUUUCAGUUUCUGGAAAUACAAAGAACUGUAUUGUUGAUCUUUCAUCUUGA